ACAAAUUGAUUUAUAAUUAAAGUUCUUAAAUUAAUACAAUUCUACAACUAAUAAAGAUGUAAAAUUCUAUUUAAUCAUUGAAUUAAGUUAAAGAAAAAAUCUUGAAAAAUGGGGGAAAUAAGUACAUCAGUAUACUUAUUUAUGCUUGGAAUGACCACAAGUAGUAUAAUGCUAUCAUUGAUUCUAUGUUUUCGAUAUUUCUUCAUGCCAAGAAAGAUAAAAUGGAAAGACGAAGAAGAACUAAUAAGGACGUUACUGGCUAUACAUCAAAGACAUCAAAGAUUAAAACAAGUCAUAACUCCAUAUGGUCAAACUGUAGCUCAAUCUCCGUUUCAGAAUGCAACAAUGGGAACAGUAACACCAAUGGCAUUUAAUGAAGCACAAAUCCCUAUGGGACAACAACAAAUAAAAUUUACAGGAAUUCUUCCAUUACCACAACAACAACAACAACAACCACCGAUGAUGAAUGUAAUGCAACCAUCACCCACAAUGCAAUCACCAAUGGGAACAAUGGCACCUCCUGUGGCACAAGGAAAAUUCUACUGAUUAAACUUAAUAUCUUUAAAAAAAAUUGACGGAAAUAUUCACGUUUUGUUUAAUGGCAGCUAAAAUUUGCUUCCAUUUUGUAAACCUAAUGAUUUAUGUUUGAU